UUCAUCUCUUUUAUAAUAUCAUCAGUAAUUCCAUUAUUCAGAGAAGGAAAAAAAUGGGGUUUCUGAAAAUUUCAUCACUUUUCCUUGCAUGCAUCCUUGUCUUGGAGAUGGGUCUGUGGUGCGACGCCCAGAACUCACAACAAGACUACCUGGACGCCCACAACGCCGCCCGCGCCGCCGUGGGCGUCCAGCCCAUAACGUGGGACGAGCAGGUGGAAGCGUACGCUCAAAGCUACGCUAGCCAGAGGUCCGGCGACUGCAGCCUCAUCCACUCCGGCAGCCAGCAGUACGGCGAAAACAUAGCCGCGGGCGGUGACGAAAACUCCUUGACGGCGAAGUCGGCGGUGGACAUGUGGGUUGCCGAGCAGCAGUACUACGACCACGCCACCAACUCCUGCAACGCGCCGCCGGGGGAAUCGUGCGGGCACUACACGCAGGUGGUUUGGAGGAACUCCCUCAAGGUGGGCUGCGCUAGGGUUCAGUGCAGCAACGGCGCCGGAUACUUUGUCACCUGCAACUAUUCUCCUCCGGGCAAUUAUAUUGGCCAGAGCCCUUACUAAAUCUGAGAUUUUCAUGAAAUAGGCACACACGCAUACAUUAUAUUGCAUGUAUCCAUGCUUAAUAAACCCAGCUCUUAGUACGUAAUGGAUUUUCG